AUGGGCGCUCCUGUUACUCCUGCUCCAACUGAAGCGGCACCAGCCUACGGCGACUUAUAUGCACAGGGCCCCUCAAACGCCAUCACCGGAUAUUCUCGUGUCCCUGUCGAAGAUAUCGAGAGCCAGGCUCACCAACACGAGCACUUGGAUAACAUUGUGCCAGGCCAGACUCAGAAUCAGUCCCAUGUUCACUGUGAAUCUUGCGAUCGCCAACUAGAUCGGCGCGAGAGGCGUGAGGAGAGCCGGAGGGUCUGCGAAAUAGUUUCGUGGACUUUCAUUCUCAUUGCGCUGUUUUUGAUGAUCUUUGGAAUUGUGCUUGUUAAGUCGAGAAAGCACAAGGAGUAG